CGUGCGUAGAAGAAGAAUGCAUAGACUGGGAAGGCAAGUCGGUCCCACACGGGCUCCUGUACGUGCCGGGCCCAGGGGUUUGCUCACUCUGCGUGUGCUACCACUCGGAACCCAUGUGGUGCAAGGCUAUCUACUGUGACCCGCCUUAUUUCUGCAAGAAUUUCCGCAAAGGCGAGAGUUGCUGCGAAUUCGAAUGUCUCGACCCUCCCGGAGAAGACACAAGGUACCAGGAGAGGCAGAGACUGCGAGCCCUCAUCCUCUCGGGCAACUCAUCAGCACCCCACGUAGCGCCCUCUGUGGAGCUGAAGGCUGGCAUCAGUUUGCUCGCCAUGGCCGUAGCUAGAAUCGUAUGAGACUUGUAAAAUAUAGGUUUUAAAAUUUGUGGAUGGAUAUCGUUGAUUGCGAGUGACUGAUGCUUUGUUAAUGGAAGUAAUACCUGCCCGGGUUUCCACGAAAAGGGUAGAAAAAAAUAUGUGAAGUAAAUAGGGAUUUUUUUUUAUUUUAAGGGCUAAAGAAGCGCUGCAGCGCCACUGUCAUGACAUUAGCGAUGGCCGAUUGUUACUAAAUAAAACAUCGAAUAAAUCGAUAGUUGCACCUAUAUUCGAUUUUUAAUUUAAUCGUCUUUACAGAAAAAUAAUCGAAUAUAGUUAUUACUAAUUAAAUUUCCGGUGUCUAAAAAGAGGUCCUCUAUACU